AAUCUUCAAACCGUUAGUUCAUUUUAUUUUAAUCUGCAACUCACAUGCGCGUGAUCUUCCAUUGUUUCUGAGCUUUCUGUUCUCUUUCAUUUGAAGCUGGAUCGGUUCGUUCUCACUCUUCCUUAACUAUACCUUUAUAAAAACAUAUCAAGCAUGUAAGUUUCGCCCUUCCUAGUUCAAAUCCUGUUCAAAAACACUCAAAAAAAAAAAAAAAUCUUGAAUUUCCAUGCAAGUAGUUGAAGUUUUUGGUUUAUCUAUCUAGGUAGCUGUAGUUUGUAAUCUGGCUAUUUUCAUCCCUCCUAUUCCUUAGCCAAACUUUUAUAAAAGCCUGCACAGCAUGUAACUCAGUGUUUCCAUCUCUUCAAUUACAAAAACCAAAAAAAAAACUUAAAAAAAAAAAAAAAAGGUUUGUUUUAGUGAAGAAAAGAUGCCGGACGAAGAGACCGCAACCCCUACUGCAUCAGCACCGGCGACGCCGGGAACGCCGGGUGGACCGCUGUUCACGUCGAUGAGGGUGGACUCGUUGUCUUAUGAUCGGAAGUCAAUGCCUCGAUGCAAAUGCUUUCCUGUGACUGCCCCGACAUGGGGACAGCCUCACACAUGCUUCACCGACUUCCCAGUGCCUGACGUCUCCCUUACCCGAAAGCUGGGGGCAGAAUUUGUGGGAACCUUUAUCCUGAUAUUUGCGGCAACAGCCGGACCUAUAGUGAACCAGAAAUAUGACGGAGCCGAGUCACUGAUCGGAAACGCCGCAUGCGCAGGGCUGGCCGUGAUGAUAAUAAUUUUAUCGACCGGACACAUUUCUGGGGCUCAUCUUAACCCUUCCCUUACCAUUGCAUUCGCUGCAUGUCGUCAUUUCCCCUGGACUCAGGUUCCGGCCUACAUAGCGGCUCAGGUUUCGGCCUCCAUUUGCGCUUCCUUCGCUCUCAAGGGAGUCUUUCAUCCCUUCAUGUCUGGUGGUGUCACGGUCCCCUCCGUUAACUACGGACAGGCUUUCGCACUCGAAUUCCUCAUUACUUUUAAUCUCCUCUUUGUCGUCACCGCCGUCGCCACAGACACUCGCGCCGUGGGAGAGCUGGCAGGAAUAGCUGUUGGGGCAACAGUAAUGCUCAACAUCCUCGUCGCCGGGCCAAGUAGCGGGGGUUCAAUGAAUCCAGUGAGGACAUUGGGGCCUGCAGUGGCAGCAGGGAGCUACAAGGCAUUGUGGAUUUACUUGAUAGCGCCCACACUGGGAGCCGUGAUCGGUUCCGCCACUUACACCUUGGUGAAGCUCCGAGAGGAUGAGGUUGAAGCACCGAGCCAGGUCAGGAGUUUCCGACGCUAGCCGAUAAUAUCAUCAUUGUGAAAUGAAAUGAAUGAAUGUUUUGUUUGUUUGCUUG